UCCCCUUGACCCUCCAAUCACCUCGGGGUCCUAUUUGAUUGGAAGGCGGCAAAGGCUUUAAUCUCAGCUCUAAUUCAGAGGCUUUUGAAGUGAGUUUGUCUGGCAGAACUGCGGCUGCUGCUCACACUGCGCUCUGCACCAGGAGUGGGCGCUGGGUGCGGGACUCCUGCGGAGCAUCGGGCUGUGCUGCGGAGCAUACACCACUGGAUUGUACCUGAUCGCCGGGCAUUUACGGAUAUAGCUGGUUAGCGCUCGUCUGCUGGAUACAGCCUUGUACUGUCCGACCGAUUAACCGUGGACGACAUACUGAGUCGGGCGAUCUGGACUGGGAUCGUUUUCUUACGGGACCGAUCAUUAUCUUAUCAGUCAGGACAGAAGCUCCGGGGUGCCUCUCCCCCUACCUAAGUCACCCCGAUGCCUGUGCGGGGGACAUGAUCUGCUCGCCACUGGCUUCUGCAAGUCGUGUCAGUCCUGCAGCCCGGGAAAGCGGAGAGAGCUCGGGGACGAGAAGCGGAUCAGCUAAUAACCGAGCCUUUGUGCACACUGUGCCCCCCAGCGACCCCCUGCGCCAGGCCGGCCGGCUGCCCAUCAAAGUGCUCAAGAUGCUAACAGCUCGCAGUGGACACAUCCUCCACCCGGAGUACCUGCAGCCCCUGCCCUCCACCCCGGUCAGCCCAAUAGAGCUGGACGCCAAGAAGAGCCCCCUCGCCCUCCUUGCCCAAACCUGCUCCCAGAUCGGGAAACCGGAUCCCACGCCGUCCAAGCUGUCCUCGGUGACCGGAUCCUCCGCGGCCGACAAAGAGGCGAAGUCUGGGCCGCUGAAGCUGAGUGACAUCGGUGCCGAGGACAAGUCCAGCUUCAAGCCCUACUCCAAGCCCCCGGAUAAGAAAGAGCACACCGCCGGGGACAAGUCCGGAUUCCGAGUGCCCAGCGCCGCCUGCCCUCCAUUUACCCCCAGGACUGGCAGCCCCAGCUCGCCCCGCACCCCGCCGCCCUCCUCGGAGACCAAGACCACCGGGGAGAGCGCGGACAAGAAGGAGACGGAGCAGUGCGCCAAGAGCGGCCAGUCUGAGGGCACCACGCAUGGGAGACUGAGUGCAGAUCUGCCCCAGACUCACCCGGAGGGCCCGGCGGGGUGUAAGAGCCUGUCUGCGGCUCCAUCCCCCACCCCGGUCUCGUCCUCCAGCUCAUCGGGCUCAGUGCUGGGAUCUGGCCUGGUGGCCCCGGUGUCUCCCUAUAAACCUGGACACACGGUGUUCCCUCUGCCCCCAGCUGGCAUGUCAUACCCAGGAACACUAAGUGGAGCCUACGCCGGGUACCCCCCGCAGUUCCUGGCUCAUGGAGUUUCUCUGGACCACACCAAAGGGAACUCAUUAAUGGGUGCCCAGCUGAGCAGCCUGGGUUGUUCUAGCAAAUCUGCGGCUUCUAGUCCCCUGACGGGGGCAUCGCCACCCUCUGUGAUGACUGCCAGCCUGUGUAGAGACCCCUACUGCCUCAGCUACCACUGUACCUCCCAGCUGAGCGCCAGUGCUACCUGCAGCCACGACCUUAAAUCUGGAUACCCUCUUGUGUACCCCAGCCACACUCUGCACGGAGUCUCCCCGCCAUCUCUACCUGGGCACCCCCUCUACCCUUAUGGCUUCAUGCUUCCAAAUGACCCCUUGCCCCAUGUAUGUAACUGGGUAUCGGCCACAGGUCCUUGUGAUAAGCGCUUCUCCUCCUCCGAGGAGCUACUUGGCCACUUGCGGACACAUACCGCCUUCCCAGGAGCAUCGGACAAACUAUUACCCGGGUACCCUAGUUCUUCAUCCCUGGCAGCCGCCGCCAUGGCGUGCCACAUGCACAUGCCACCCGGAGGGGCCUCCCCCAGCCAUCUAACUCUACGCAGCCCUCACCAUCACCCCUUGGGACUAAGCAGCAGUCGUUACCAUCCUUACUCCAAGAGUCCACUCCCCUCAGGUGGUGCCCCAGUGCCAGUCCCUGCAGCUACAGGACACUACUACUCGCCAUAUGCAUUGUAUGGCCAAAGACUUACCACAGCCUCUGCUCUAGGAUACCAGUGACUUCCACCAGGGGGCGCUAUCAUCUGGACAUUACAGACAUAAUUAUGUAUUUUUUUUAUUUUCUAAUGAAAGGAACAAAAAAACAAAAAUACCUAGAUUUUGGUGUUCAUCUGAGGACUGGAUCCAUGGACACUCUUAUUUAUUUAUGUUAGCUCCAAGCAGGACGCCUUAUAAAAGAGGCAAAGUGACAAUUGCCCCAUGUAGUGUAUUACAGGCCAGGGACACAGUAAGGCAUCAUCUUCUCUACAUGUUACUUCUAAGAAUGACUGCUUUUCUUGUAUUGUAUCUUAUUUCAUGUCCCUCCUUCAUCCGGUGCAUGUUUCUUAUUAAACAGCCAGCAGUUUGUCACCAUUUCCAUUUGCAGUUCUUUUUAAAGUGUAAACAGUAAAACAAAAAAAAGGAAGAAAUUGGUAUUUUUUUGUAUGUAUUCUGGGAGAACCCAACCCCCCCCCCCCCCCCCCACAAAUUUUUAUUGCAAAAAAAAUUAUCCCUAAUUUGCCUUAUUUUGUUCUGUCAUCAAGCGGUCAUUCGGCAUCUUGUACCAAACUCACAGUGUAUUGCUUUCCAAUAUUAAAAAAGAACAUUAUAUUUGCUUUACA